CAAUGGUGGCAAUUAAAAUGGAUGGCAGUUAAUUGAUUUGAGAAAUUAAAAUUUUAAUUAAAAGUUCAAACGCACUAGUUUUGUAGGGACAACUUAUGCAAAUUAACAAAGAAAAAACACCUAAUUAGAAAAAGAAAAAGAACAGCACAAAACAAAAGGCAAUGAUUACGCAUAUUAUGUUACACUUAUCAACAUUAAUAGAAAAAUAUGAAAAAUACACUCUUUAGACUUUAGUCCCCAAAAACCCAAUACAGAUAUAAAAAAUAAAUAUAUUAGGGCCCCAUCCUACUCUGUUUGGCCUUUAAAUAUAUUCCUAUCUUCAUCAUUCUCUCAUUGAACUCAUAACCUCUAUGAUCUAUCUCUGCCUCCCAGUUUUUUAGCCUCUGAAUAAUUCCUUAUUCCCCAAAACCUAAAAUAUGGAACCUACAAAUACACCGUUCAUAGCCAAGAAAUUAGUCAACAUGGUACGUCUAGUUUUGUUCACCUUACAAAAGGGUGUGUCCAAGAAAAAGUUGACGAUGAUGAAACAUGGGAAGAUCUUAGGCAAGUCUUUCAAUGAUUUCAUGGUCCGUCACCAAACUGCGCUUAGCUGCAAGUCGCACGACGUGCACGGGACGUCGUUCGUGUACCCGUUGGAGUACGAGUUCAGCUGCACCAGCAGCCCGCCACGCAGGUCAUCCUACACUCCUCCGUGUCAAUCCGGCAAGACGUACAAGGGCCGGUAUGUAUGGCAGCAUUCGCGGAGGGGAGCUUACGUGCCGAUGAUGUGCGAGGAUGCAUUGGCGACGGUUCACGGGGUGAGGAAAGUGAAUUCUCGUUGCAGUGACGUGGUCGAGCCGCUGCCAAUGGUCAGGCGGGCGCGGGUGAGGAUAAGGGAGUGGGAGCCUUUGUUUCCGUUGAGUGGUGAUGAGGAGGAGGAUUACCACGUGGACAAGGCAGCCCAGGAAUUUAUUGACAAGUUUUAUAGAGAGUUAAUGUUGCAAAAGUGGAUGGCUGCAGGUCGAUACAGCUGAAGUAGGCCCACGAGUUUAGAUGCGGAGAGAGAUUUACAUGUAACAGGUACCCGAUGAUCAACGUCUUCGGGAGGAUUUUCAUAUUGUUCGGCAUAAUACGUUAGCUUCUAAUAUGUGCAGUUCAUCUCGCUGAUCUUAACUGCUUUAUUAGAUCUAACGUAUUAAUUAAGCAUACUGAAGAUCGAAUGUCAUCUUUAUGUAGUUUGAGAGUGUAUUUAGUGAAGCAAUUAGAACUCAUGCUUUCCUUAUUGCAUGUACAGUUAAGACUUAGAGAACGGUUAGAAACCUUGCAUGUAUUAUGAAAUGCAGAAAUUCGUCAGAGUUUAAAGAUUGUAAGUUUCACUUUUUAC